AGGAAGGCAUUUUCAGCCCUAGAGUGUUUCAGUGUGUUUUUGUGUGGGUCUGCAGUUCGGUUGCAUUUUAUGGGAAAGUCAGUUUCCCACCAUUGUGUGUUGCCAGAUAAUUGAUGAGGAUUGUAUACUGCUGCUCUGUGCAUGACGAACAGAUGCUGGGAAGCGCAGGAAGAACCAGAGUUCAGCUCGUGUUAGAGGAGAAAGUUGCCUGCGUCUGUGUUGUCAGGCUACAUUUAUGGAUUAUUUUUGAUCCUGUGGUUGUGGAGUAUUAACGUUCUGCUAUUGAUUUUGACUGUGGUGGAUCCCAUCGUGGUUCAGCCAGUGGUGGCAGUGAGCUAAGGGCUGCAUGCCAUGGGCUGUGUCUUCUCCCUGCCAGAAGACAGGAGAGAUGCUGCUGAAAGAGCACCAACAUCACGAGAAACAAGUUUCAUUGAGAAAAUGAAGAAAAUGGGCAAGAACAUCAUUGUGUUCUAUGGGUCCCAGACGGGCACUGCAGAGGAAUUUGCUAAUAGACUCUCCAAAGAUGCCCAGCGCUAUGGCAUGAAGGGAAUGGCUGCUGAUCCUGAGGAAUAUGACAUGGGUGAGCUGUCCCGUCUGUGUGAGAUUGAAAACUCCCUCGCCAUAUUUUGCAUGGCCACCUAUGGUGAAGGAGACCCCACAGAUAACGCCCAGGACUUCUAUGACUGGUUACAGGAAAACAGUGAUGAAGACCUUUCCGGAUUAAAGUACACUGUUUUUGCUUUGGGCAACAAAACAUAUGAGCACUACAAUGCAAUGGGAAAAUAUGUUGAUAAAAGGCUUGAAGAACUCGGAGCCACACGCAUCUUUGACCUUGGUUUAGGAGAUGAUGAUUGCAACCUGGAAGAGGACUUCGUUUCAUGGAGAGAGCAGUUCUGGCCAGCUGUCUGUGAACACUUUGGUGUGGAAGCCUUAGGAGACGAAUCAAGCAUCCGCCAGUAUGAGCUGAAGGAGCACCCAGACAUCAAUAUGAAGAAUGUGUACACCGGAGAAAUUGGCCGCUUGAAGAGUUUUGAAAUCCAAAAGCCGCCCUUUGAUUCCAAAAACCCUUUCCUGGCACCAGUCACUGUCAAACGCAGACUCAACAAAGGUGGUCAGAGACAUCUUAUGCACCUAGAACUAGAUAUAACAGACUCCAAGAUCAGGUAUGAGUCAGGCGACCAUGUUGCAGUUUUCCCCACAAAUGACUCUGUGUUGGUGAACAAACUGGGACAAAUCCUUGACGUGAGCCUUGAUGUAGUUAUCUCUCUCAACAACCUUGAUGAGGAGUCCAACAAGAAGCACCCGUUCCCCUGUCCCACAACCUACCGCACUGCCCUGACUCACUACCUGGACAUCACUCACCCUCCUCGAACCAACAUCCUCUAUGAACUGGCACAGUAUGCAUCUGACCCCAAAGACCAAGAAAAUAUGCGCAAGAUGGCCUCCUCCUCACCUGAGGGCAAGGCACUUUACCAGAGUUGGGUGCUGGAUGCUAGUCGUAAUAUCCUUGCAAUCCUGGAAGACAUGCCAUCCUUGAGACCCCCCAUUGACCACUUGUGUGAGCUGCUGCCUCGUCUCCAGGCUCGCUACUACUCCAUUGCGUCCUCGUCUAAGGUUCACCCCAACAGUAUCCACAUCUGUGCUGUGGUGGUGGAGUACGAGACUAAGACUGGUCGCAUCAACAAGGGUGUAGCCACCAACUGGCUGAAGAAUAAACAGAUCACUAAUAAUGGCCACAAAUCCACCGUUCCCAUGUAUGUUCGCAAAUCUCAGUUCCGGCUGCCCUUCAAGGCCAGCAACCCAGUGGUCAUGGUUGGCCCUGGAACAGGAAUUGCUCCCUUCAUGGGCUUUAUCCAAGAACGGGGGUGGCUCAAAGAGCAAGGAAAGGACGUUGGUGAGACGGUGAUGUAUUUUGGCUGCAGACAUAAGAACGAGGAUUAUAUUUACCAGGAGGAGCUGGAGAAGGCAGAAAGGCAUAAUGUUCUGACACAGCUUAAUGUUGCCUUCUCUAGAGACCAAGACUACAAGGUGUAUGUGCAACAUCUCCUGAAGAAAAAUAAAGAGCAUGUGUGGAAGCUAAUUAACACAGAUAACGCUCAUAUCUACAUAUGCGGGGAUGCAAGGAACAUGGCAAAGGAUGUGCAGAUGGCUUUCCAUGACAUUGCAGAGGAGCUGGGAGGCAUGACGCGAACUCAGGCCACAGAUUACAUCAAGAAACUCAUGACCAAGGGACGUUACUCCCAGGAUGUGUGGAGUUAGGC